AUGCGACAUCACUUCCUGGUAGUCCUUGCUAGAGUUACAAGUUUUGCGAGUGCGGAGCUGUGGCCAUACAGUCGCUACGAGGGCUCUCAUAAUGCUGGCUUCGUCACGAAUCCGUCUCGCCAUCCAUCGCGAGAGUCGGUUCAAGAGCCGACUGAUUAUUUCGUCCAAUGGCUUGAAAGUCUUGUAGAAACGGACGACAAUCCCGAGUUAAAAGAUGCUUUCGAGAAUGGUACCAUCUCGGGCAAUGUUAGUAGGAUCGAAGAUCUAUCCGGCCAGAUUGCCACUCCACAACGACCAGUCAUUGGCCCGCAAAUCCCAGACCAAGGUCCUGAUAAUGAUCCAAAGGUUGAGCCGAGCCUGCUUUUCAGAAGCCUGAACUAUGAAUUGGAACAGGAUUGUCUCUGUAACAAAUCGACUUGGUGGUUUCGAACAUAUGAAGGGCACUGCAAUUGGCUGAAGAAAGGCGAAGCAGGUGAAGGUUCAGUUGGAUCGGCCAGACCACGCGAUUAUCAACAAUACACGUAUGCCGACGGCAUAUCCAAGCCGCGAGAAGGACCAAACCCACGAGCCGUUAGCAAUGCAUUCUUCAAGAGGAGAAAGAAGAUCUACUAUGACCAUACGCCUCUCCUUCUGGGGCUCAUCGAGUUCAUUAUGCAUGACGUUACAUACAGCCAAGACUCUACCGAUGAGUUUAUUGACGUCCCGAUGCCAGAGGAUGAAGAGAGAUUCCUGCUGAGCACCACACUUAGAGUGCCAAGAACAGCGUCAAUGCCCGGGACCGGCACUUCAAGAAGCAACCCUCGUGAAAACAUGAAUAUGGCAACAACGUGGCUCGACAUAUCAUCGUUGUAUGGCAGUAAUGUCGAUGUAGCACACCGAUUGCGAUCAAAAGUUGAUGGCAAGCUUCUGACUCAAGAGGUCCAACCGCCUGGAACCAGGGCAAAAGCCUCUUACCUUCCCUUCAACACCAUUGGCGUACCUACUAACACGCGCCCUGGUGUUGAGCCAGAAGAAUUGUUUGCUGGAGGUGAUCCCCGUACCAAUGAGGACUGGCUAGUCCUCGGUAUUCAUACAUUACUACUUCGAGAGCAUAACAGGCUCUGCGAUAUUCUCAGAAAACAGAAACCGACUUGGGACGAUGAGCAGCUUUAUCAAACUGUACGAGUGGUCAUGUCCGCAAAACAUGCUUUGAUAGCCAACGCGUACCAAAUGGCCUAUUGGACCGAUGAGAUGCCAUGGCCAAGAGAUGACGGAUUCCCACUUUAUCGUCAGAUGUUUGGUGAGAAUGCAUUGGAGAUAAACCCUGCCAACACCUAUCCUUGGCCGCUUGUCACUAAGAAUGGAAAGCCAAUGACGGUCUCAGCAGAGAUGGCUGUCGUCUAUCGCUUCCACGAGUUCAUCAUCCCGAGUUUCCCGAUCAAGGAUCAGAAUAAUGCGACAUUAUGGGAGCAGAAUUUGUUCGAUACGAGCUUCAACAGCACUGGGUUUCUCGACGUUGGGUUGGAAAGAAUUCUUACGGGGGCAUUGUCCUCGCAUAUUCCCAACUUCAAGUCUGGAGUAGAUGAGAGUUUUAGAAGCGCUGGACUUUAUCGCGGCCGCCCCUUCGACAUUGUCGUCUCAAGCAUCGUGCAUGAACGAGAGCAAGGGUUGCCAACGUUCAAUCAAUAUUUUCGCGAGUAUAACGCUCAGGAUCCAGAGGUUGUGGUCCCGAUCCGUGACACUUGGGAUAAGUUUUCGACUGAUCCCGAAGUCAUCCAAAAUCUGAAGAAGCUCUACAAGCACCCUGACGAUGUCGACCUCGUCGUGGGCUGCCAACUUGACGAGGAAUGGUUCCCCAGUACUACCGUUCCCAAAUCAGCCUUGAUAAUCAGCCUCUUCAGCUUAUUUGGUAUGGGAAACUCGGACCGCUUCUCUAUCGGCUUCGCGAUGAUGCGCUGUCUUCUUGUGGAUCGCCCGUGGGAUUGCCAUCCCAGCAACGCUUUGGAAGAUCUGAUAUGGGAGCGGAAAGACGUGCCUGGAUUUCCCAACUUCAGGUUUUACAGCGACUUCUGGGUCAAGGAACUGGAUCUGCCAGCCCAUGGGACGAAUCUCUUGUGGCGCUUGAUCACGGAAAACUCGGAGAUCAAUUGCGCUCAGAGAUCGCCUUUGUUCCCUCCUGACAAAGAUACCAACCCGAUUCUUUGUUCAAGAGAAGCAGGUAAAGUGUCUUCAUUGGCUGUGCUAUUUAGCCUCUUCCAAAUUGUCCUAUCCCUAUUGAGACAAAGCCCUUAUAGCUUCGUCGGUACAGUCAUCAUCACUGUGGGGAGUGGCAUCAUAGCAACUAUGCAGUACUUAAGAUCGAAGACUAUAAUUAAACGCAGAUAA